CCUAGGUGGCUAUUUUUAGUGCAGUAGUGUCAUUAGCUGGCUGAAGACCAAACAUGAGAAUAGCAGGUGCUGCAAAGUUGGUAGUAGUCGUAGCAAUAUUUUUAUUGACGUUCUAUGUCAUAUCUCAAGUGUUUGAAAUAAAAAUGGAUACAAACUUAGGACACAUAUUUGCUAGAUCAGCACUGGAUGCAGCUGCACGCUCUACAAAACCUCCAAGAUACAAAUGUGGGAUCUCUAAAGCUUGUCCUGAAAAGCAUUUUGCAUUCAAAAUGGCAAGUGGAGCAGCAAAUGUAGUGGGACCUAAAAUUUGUGUAGAAGAUAAUGUUUUAAUGAGUGGAGUUAAAAAUAAUGUUGGCAGAGGAAUAAAUGUGGCCUUGGUCAAUGGUAAAACAGGAGAACCAUUAGACACUAAAUUCUUUGACAUGUGGGGAGGAGAUGUGGCACCAUUUAUUGAAUUUCUGAAGUCCAUCCAGGAUGGAACGAUAGUGUUAAUGGGAACAUAUGAUGAUGGUGCAACCAAGCUUAAUGAGGAAGCACGGAAACUGAUCGCUGAAUUAGGAAGCACAUCUAUUACUAACCUUGGCUUUAGAGACAACUGGGUCUUCUGUGGUGGAAAAGGAAUUAAGACUAAAAGUCCAUUUGAACAGCAUAUAAAGAAUAACAAGGACACAAACAAGUAUGAAGGCUGGCCAGAAGUUGUUGAGAUGGAAGGCUGUAUCCCUCAGAAGCAAGACUAAAUGAAAACAAAAGGAAAGGAGAAAAGAAUAUGGAAGAAAAUGCACUUUCUGCUAUUAUUAGGGAGAGGGCUAUGAAGGAGACUGUACUGUAAAUAAUAUUUUUAAAGCAUGCAACCAUCUUGUCGGUGUGUGCAUGAGCACUGACAUUUUGAAUAUUGGGAUUAUUUAUUGCUAACACACAUAGAAAUCCUUUUUGUAAAUAUGUCCAAAAUAAAAGAAACAUUAAAUCAUUUCUAUGCAGAUUUCUUAAAAGCACAGUAUUUAGUUUGCCUGUGGUAAAUAGUAUCUUGUAGAUCAACUGGCUAAUAAAUCGCAUAUGCGGAUAACGAACAGAUCCUGACAAAUGUUGUACUGUCCUCUUAACAGCGUAAUGUUGCUGUGAGUAUGUAACCUUUGUGGAAUAUGUAGAUUUUAGUGAUAAGUUAAUAAAGAGCUUUAAUUUUUUUUAAUCUUCUGCCUUUUUAAUGGCAGCAUCACUUUUUAUUAAAGCUAUUUGGUUAUUCUAA